GUAACAAUCUAGGUCACAGGUGUCAAUUAAGUGCAAAUAGUACACAACAAAAAUAAAUAUGAUGAUAUAGAAUAAUCUAGCUCACAGGUGUCAAUUGAGUUCAAGUAGUACACAACACCACCCUGGGACAUUAUUGUAAUUGACUGCAAGUAAUGGAAAAAUAAAUGUCAAAGCUACAGAUCAGAAAAUUCUAAAUACCGUUUUUAACCGCAAAAUGGCAGACAACGGACGUAACUGAUGCGAAGUGUCGAUACGUGUAUUGGUUGUAUAACAAUACAUUUAUUCAUCCAUGCGCAACAUUCUGCAGAAAUCCAAUAAUUCAAAAAACCAUCUUCACCUCUCACAACCAAGACAUAAACCUAAAAGACUCUACUGAUGGCGCGAAAUGGCCAAAAGUCUAAAGAAAAAGAAACAGGGAAAAAGAACGUCUGUUUCAGAUUACCCAAUCUCAUUUGAAGACGAAUUAUGUUUUCGCCUAGAUAGACAGUGGUUUUCUUUCGGUACUAACAUUGGGUUUGAACACAGUACUUUGGUCCAGCUACAUGGCUUGUAUCCACAGAAUCCAAAGAAAUGUGCUAAGUGCAUGCUUCAGAAAUGGAACACCGUGGUAGUGAAACACACAUUAAAAUGUGUUCCUCUGUUGUAUUUUGGUCUGACGGAAGUCAAUCUUACAGAUUUAGCAGACGAUCUUCUUAAAGCAGCAAAAUCUGAUAAACCAGAAUCUAAGCAUGAGAGUAUCUGGAAUGACCUUCUCAUGGAUUUGAAAAAGAUUUCCUUUACUAUGGAACCAGAACAGGAAGAUAAAGAAACAAAGGCCAAGGAUGGGGAUACAUAUGUCUUCAAAGACUGUAGUAAUAUUGUUAUUGGGCAGGGAUCAAAGCUUACCGUGAAUCAGGCGUACACAGAGCUUGAGAACCCGAGAGGUAAGCAGAAAAAGAAAGAUGCCAUUCUUCUUGGUAUGCUGCAAAGUAUUUUGUAUCCGGAUGAAUCUGAAGAACCAAAGGCAAUGAAUUUACAAAAGCUAGAGACUGUUUUCACCAAGUUAUUUGGGACAUUUAAAAAUGACAAAAAGACAUUUCGUCAGGUAUCGGGAGUUAGGUUGAAAUCUUUUCUGCAAAAGUAUCCACUGAAGUUUAAGUGCACGAAAGAAAAGAGGUCUGGAUAUAUCAUUACAUUCAUUCCAGGAGAUGAUAAUUGGCAUGAUUGCUAUGACUUUGACAGAUUAAGUAUCGCAUCUCAUUCCGAACAUUGUGCUAGAGAUGUUUCACGACAAAGUUCGGUUGGAUCUGGGCAUUUUCUAGAUCCUAAACCAGAAGUUGAAGAAUCAACAGAUGAUGGAUGGAAAUGUGUGAAACACAAAAUGUAUGAUAAAAAGAAAUCAAAGCAUGUAGACGAGAACGAUCCAUUUCCACCCUUGCCUCACAGCAGAAGAGUAUCAGAAAAACCAACAUUUCAGAAAUCCUAUGCAAGCGUAACAUUGAACACAAACCGAAUUGGGAAAAGUUGGAAAAAACAUUCUGCAUCGUUGUCUCCUGAACUUAAACAAAUACCGAGGAAAACAGAGUUACCAAUGUGCUCAAUUCCAAAUGGAGGGGUAACCUCUGAUAUGAAAGAAUUAUUUGCUUAUCUGAAUAACUUUAAAGCAGGGCAUUUUGUGCUAUUUACUAGUACUUUAAUACAGGAUAUGUCCGAAAGUAUAGAAGCUUUGGCGCUCGUUCCUUGGCUAAGCGUCUUUGAUUUUGAUAAAAAUAGUCGAGUUGAUGGGUUGCUAUCGAGAAUCGAGGACAGCAUAAAACAGAGGCGAUCGAUAUAUGUUUGUACGUGGAAGGAUCGUCCUCACCUUUCACACCAUGGGACGCAGUGGUGCAUGCUUCGAGGUUCAGUCCAAGAGACAGACAGUCGAACACCUGACAAUGAUAUGAAAUGGAUGUUUCUGAUCAGAGAGAACUAUGAAAAGCAGGUUGUAGAAUUAGCAAAUAUAUCUGAUAAUUACUGUACAUUAACGUUCAUAGUUUUCUGGCCCAGUGAUUUUGAUACAUGUCAGUACAUGUUCAAAGCGCUUUCAAAAAUAGCGGAGCUUAUUGAAAACCCAAACAUUGUUAUCUGUAACAAUGGAAGCGAAAUAUCGACAGAGAGCAAAACACUUCUUGGACUUCUCAAACCUAGGCUUACACUUGUUAAAGAUUUUGAAGAAAUACUUCAAGGGAUAUCCGAUCUGCUAGGUGAAAAAUAUUCAAUUCAAAAUGUAGAUUACAAGCUGCCUACGUUCGAUAAGACAGAUGUUCCAAACAUUGAUGAAUCAAUGGCUGCCAUUUUCAGAGAAGAUUUCGAAAUUCUCUACAUGGACAAUCCUUAUCGCAAAACUCAGGAAAAUGAGAUGACAAUGGAAGAAUUACAUGAAGAAGAAAAACAUUUCUAUCGAGGAGGAAAUCUUCAUUGGGUCGCUCUUUAUCUUGCAGGGGCUGGACAUUUUGACGCAGAACGGGAUCUAACAUUAAAUAUUGUAGGGAGGAUUAAACGACUAUACUUAGAACCCUUUAAAUCUGGCAAAAUCACAAUUUAUCAUGCUCCUGGUGCAGGAGGGUCCACCUUGGGCCAGAGAGUGUUGUGGGAAUUAAGAACCAUAACUCCAUGUGGACAGGUUCGAAUGAGUUCCCAGUCAUCAGUUCAAGAUUUAGUCGAUAGAAUAGAAACACUUUUUGAGAAGACAAAUUUACCAGUCGUCUUGCUAAUUGACGGCGAAGACCAGCAAAAGCUAACAUAUUUGCACAAGCUCCUGGAAAGGGCUCAUUUGAUUGUUAUUUUACUACAUAUAAAGCGUUGUACACAGCCAAAAAAAGCUAACAGUUUAAAAGACACAGAGUUUUGGCUACCUGGUACUGUAUCAUCAAAUGAAGCAAACAAACUGGGAAUAAAAUUUUCAAAACAGUGUGAUACACCGAUAAAGAAAGAUCACAUAGAUAUCCUAGUAAAGGAUGUUUUAGCCGGCAAAGAGCACCUUAUGUAUGAAUUCGGGAUGGAAGCCUUCCUGUCAGAAUUUAAAGGCGUCAGGUCUUUUGUUCACGGCUACCUUCAGCUCGACCAAAAUCCAACUGCAACACUUCUCUCCUGGCAGAAAAUACUUGGAUACUUGUCUUUGGUUUACUACUAUGGUCAAACAUCAAUACCUUGCCAGUUUUUUUCAACGCUGUUGCAGCUCCCACCAAAUUACAAUGUUACCAUGGAAGAUUUCCCAUAUCCAGUUCAGUUGUUCAUUGUUUCAUGCUCAAACGAAAACAGACGAAAUACAAUACGCAUUUGUCAUUAUAUUGUUGCGAAGGAAAUAUUAGAGCACUUGCUUACAUGGAACAAGAAAAAAGGUAGGCAAUGUGGCAGUUCAGGGUUAAGUAUUACUGCUCGAUACGAGCUCUAUGAAUUCCUGACUAUGUUCUUAGAAGACAUCAAGGCAAAGAAAAUUAAAAGCAUAGUGAAAUCAGGGAUCAUUGCAGAUAUCUUACGACGAACACUCAUUUUCAGAGAUAACCAAGACGUUGGAGAUAAUGAAGUGCCUGGCAGGAGGAAACUUUCUCGCCUUAUGGCGGAUAUCGAAUGCAAAGCACCAUACAUGGAAAGGAUUGACAUCUUAAAACGUUUAACUGACAUCUUUCCAGAGGAUGCUAAUUUUCACGCUCACCUGGGUAGAAUGUAUUCCAUUUGCAGUCCAGAGGAUGAAAAGAAAGCUGAAUAUUGCUUUAAUCACGCAGUCGAUUUGUGUAGGAAGAAAAAGGCAGGAACGCCUUACGAAAACUUGGAUGAUAGUACAAAACAUACACUCAAACAUGUUUAUCACAUGUUUGGUAUGUUUUACCUGCAGAGAAUUACUAAAUAUACAGGGAAAUCUCAUGGGGAUAGACCAGAAAUUGUUACACCACCAGACAACUUCGAAAGAAAAAUUAAGGAAUUGCUUCAAGAUGCAAAAGAUGCUUGUUUCUACUUUUCUGAGACAAGAGAAUUGACAAUUUUAAUUGGAUAUGAAGAGGCAUAUGGGUACGUUGGAGAAAUUGCAACAAGAUUGAAAAUCUGUGAAUUUAUUUACAGACAUAUGUCUUUCAAAGAAUUUGAAGAGUUUUUAGAAGUGUCACCAGAGUCAGAAAUCGUUAACUUUGUGACAGAUAGCAUCACUAAAAUCCUUGAACUGUUUUUGCAAUGCUACGGGUGUGUCGAUUCAUCAGAUUUACCACCUGGAUUUUUUAGAUACAUAUUUUGGUAUAACGCACUUUUCAAAUCACAGGCUAAAGAACUUGAGAAGUUGGACAUAACAGAAGACAUAUAUUCCCGACGCCUCCAUGUUGCUGUCAUCAAGCUUAAAUACGGCAAAGAUGAAUCGCUUGGGACCCUAGAAACAAUAUCUUCAAAAUCCGACAUUGAAGAUAUCGUGCGUAUCUGUGAAAAGAACUUUAAAGAAGCAGAUCAGGGUGGGAUCACUCCGAUAAGAAGUGCCAUUGACCUUGAAUACAAAGAUUGGCUCAAUGCAAUCCGGCAUAACAAAUUUACGGAAACAUAUUGCACCGCAGAUGUAUUACGACGAGUUCGUCAUUGGCAUGAUAUAUUGAAAAGUCCUAGUUCGAAAUUUUACCUGUUUAUUCUUCUGAGCAUACUUGGCUUUGGGUAUUCAGAAGAAACAUCACCCAAUGAUGAAAUGCUUCGGGAGGCAAAUGAAUUGCUUGAGCAACUGCGGAAAGGAAGCAGAACGUUAGCUAAACCAAGACGUCCAAGAGAAUGGUAUGGUAAAGGACAUGGCAUAAAAUGUCUCAUACCAAGUUGGAAAGUCGGCCAUAGCGGAGAGGACCGAGUGAAUGCCAGAGAUUGUACUAACAUCCAUUUAGCUGUAUUCAAGGGGACCAUAACCAGACCGCACACGCAGAGGCAAACGGGCUACAUCAAAAUGGAUCUCGGUGACAAUAAGUACCCCGUUCGGGUAUUUUUUAUUCCCGUGAGAGCAAAAGAGCCGCUUGUUGGGAGUCGUUAUGCCGGCGAACGUGUUGAAUUUGUUUUAGCUUUCACCUACGCUGACGGAUAUGAGGCAUACGACGUGGCGCUGUUGAAGAAGUAUCACUGCUUUAACUGCAAUAGGAAUGUCGAAAUUACAAGCGACAAGUUUUCUGUCCUUUGUAAAUGUGGACAGUUUGUAACAAAGUCAGACAACAAGUUUCCUUAAACAACUGAGGGUAUUUUGACUGUGUUCAAUGUGGUUGUGUUCGGGUUUGCGUUUUUGAUAUACGGUUGUAUCAAGUUAUAAGCUUGGUGACAAUGACAAAUAGGGUCGCUAUGUCUCUAAUUUGGUCAUUGUAAAAGGAUACCUCCAAAAUACAUUGAAUGGUACGCUCGAAAAAAGUACUUGUUGAACUUGGAGGAUAUUUUUCUGUAAAAUGAAUAGUUGAAUGGAGAGUGUACUUUUAGACUAUGAUAAAUUGAAUUUAGAAGCCACUGUUAGCAUUUAAAGUGCAUGAACUCUGGUGGUUUAUAUGACUUUUUCGGUCAAUGCUUGUUAUAUCUGUCUGUCUGUCUGUUAGUUACAUUUUAAGGAGGUAUACUACAUCAUCAUAAUGGCUGACUUCCUUUUAAAACAUGACUGGAAAUAUAAAUAGCAACAAUAUUUGCCUAUUCCAUUUAGAUUUCAUUGCCUAGAUGAGUAGCUCAAUCGGUUAACAUGCUGAUAUGUUCAAAUCCAGCAGGGGUUUUAAUUUUUUCAGAUUACCUCUACUAUAGCUGCAUCUUUGGACUGAAUAAAGUAGAUUUAAACGUUUUCAAUAUCAAUAUAUUGUCGUGCAUACCCUCCUCUUUUCAUCAACAUUACAUUUCCGGUGUAGAAUUAUAGACUGCAAAAACCAAGACCCCCUGUCACAGCAGGUGCGAUAAAGACCCCUCCAUGCUCAAAGACCGUAAGCACCGGGCAUAGCCCUAAAUUUUACAGCCCUUUGAACAUCGGCAAUGGUCAUGUCUCAAAUUCUCGAACGGGACGAUAAACAAUAUACAACCAGCCAACAUUCCUCCUUAUGAUUCCGACCAUAGAAUGACAUGGACCGGAUAUUCAACCAACGGUUCUAACAACUACAGAGAGGAACAUCAUGUGAUGGGGAAAAUAAACAAAAUAUUGGAAUUGAGUAAUUUUCAACUCUUUUUUUUAUUGAUGCAAUGGGCUAAAAGGAAAUUUUUUAAUCAGAUGUACAUACAAAGUUAAAAUGACGGUCAUUGAUGCUCAAUGAUUUACAUAGAAAACACUCGGAAUUAAGGAGAUACGACAUACCAAAGAAAAUUGUAUCAGAGGAAAUGCGGUAUUUAUUCACAAUAAUAUUUUAAAAUUGAAAACUUUGAUCAGAAACCUGUUAUAUAUGUCUCUGCUUUAAUCUACUUUAUUGAGCGAAAAAUAUUUGCAGUUAUAGUAAAAUCUUUAAAUACUGAAAACCUCUUUAAGUUUUUUGAUCACCAACUGAGCUAGCCAGCUAUGUAUGUAAAACAAUAUAAAAGGAUAAAUUAAUCAUGAUUGAUACUUCCGGUAUUUAUGUAAAUUUUCUGCUUCGAACAAAAGUGAGCCAUUAUGACGAUGUGUUUUUCAUCUUUAAAAUUGUCUGUUCUUGGACUUCGUAUCUAAGAUCGGCAAUUUUCAGGAUUGAAACUCGGGUGAACGUCGUAGUGCUUGUUACGUUACGAAAUUUGUAAAGGUGUCCUAAAGAAGUAAGCACGUUUUUACUCCUUAGUUGCACAUAUUCAGAAUGAUUUCUGUGAUUUGAAAUCGAACCUUUCAGAUUUGCCUUAGGUGUUACAUACAUAUGUAUAUAUUUUGCCUUAUUCUGGUUGUAAUUAAUACAACUAUUACUCGUUUUAUUAGAAACUUGUAUAUUUCUAUGGUGCUCCAUCAUCGUUAUAUAUUGUCCGUCUGUACAAAGUUUUCCCACUGUAUCGGACAUCAUUGAGGUAAUUAAUCAAUCGUGGUUAAAAAUUAAAUUCCAUGUGGUGAAAUUUAUUCAAAAUUUAGAAUCCGUUUUCAUCAUUUAAAAAUAAGUUUGUUGGUAGCAAGUGACCCUGAAUAGUAUUUUUUUUUUAUCGUUAAUAUAUAUAUUUUUUAUCUCUUGAUGGUUAAUGAAUUGGUCAGCAAGAUCAAUCCAUACUGCAUGCUAAACAUGUAUAUAAGAUAACAAUUAUACAGUAUGGUUUUAAAUGUCAAUGUUUAUAUCUAUAACAGAAUAGAGUUUAAUGUUUUGUGAUGAAUUUAAGUCACACUUGUUUCUGAUUUACACGAUAAAGAUGAUGAACAGCUUUACAUCUCUGGUAAAAAGUCAUUGAUAUUGAAAAUAUUUUUGUCCGCAUAGGAAAUGUAGCGCUCAACUUUUGUACCAAUAAUGUUGCAUGCGUUGGAUUUGAAAAAUGUGCCUUCACAUAAACAUAUGAGAGUUA